AUGUACGAUGGCUGGUCUUACGAACGUCUUCGGCAGCAGAGAAACCGCGCACAUUUUCUCUUGGAGGAUCCCCACCGGUUUGUGACUGUUCUGCUGCAUAACGGGAAGUUGUACGCUAUUGAUAGCCCAUGUUAUCACGCGUCUGGCCCGUUAGGUGAGGGGGAGCUGAUGGAUGUGGAGGAUGCCCAUAUGGCCUCCUCCGUGGUGUGUCUACGCUGUCCGUGGCACAACGUUCUUGUGGCGAUUGAAACGGGCGAGCUUGUAGAGGUGCAGCCCAUCUCUCCCGUCGUCACUGUGGCUACAGAGGACGAGGAAAAGUUUAAGGUGCCGUCGUACCCCUUGCGGCCCCAUUGGGAGGCGUCUGGGGGCCGUGUGCGGCUGACACGCGGACCAGUGGUGCAGCGGACACACAAAGUCUCGCUCGAGGAGGCGACUGGCAUAAUGACGAUUGAGGUUGAGGAUGAGGCGGAGAUACGACGGCAUCCCCUCCCCUCAGAUGCCGUUGCAGGCAACCUGCAGAGUGGCGCUGUCACAAUGCAAAUAUUCGACAUCAAGUUGAGGUGUUUGAGUUGA